GUCGCUGGAACGAUGACCAUUCCCAAAUCCCAAUCCAUCGAGCAAGGGGAGAGAGUGUCGGAGGAGGAGAAUGGAGGUGGUCUCCUUAUGCUCGCAGCCGUGUGCGGCUCGGCUCCCCUUGAACUCUCGAGCACGGAAUUCCAUGGAUAGGUCGGCGGCCAUAUCCGGCCGGUUCCUUCUGUUUCCGAGAACGAGGAGCCUUCGCGAUGGAAACCCUCUUCGCCAUAUCUCUUCCAGCCCUCGGCAUCCAGGAUCCAUUCAAGCUGCUAGUUCAUCCAUUUCCAAGGAAUUGGAACGUGGUACACAAGAAACUAGCUCAAAGGAUAAAGAUCUUGCUUUUGUUGCUGGUGCAACCGGAAGAGUUGGUUCACGUCUUGUGAGGGAACUGCUGAAGCUUGGGUUCAGAGUACGAGCUGGAGUCAGGAAUGCACAAAGAGCAGAACCACUGUUACAGAGUGUUAGGCAAAUGAAACUUGAUUUGGAAACUGGAACAUCUGGAACUGAACCUGCAGAGAAGCUUGAAAUUGUAGAAUGUGACCUUGAAAAAAAAGGUGACAUAUUACCAGCAAUAGGUAAUGCCUCGGUCCUUUUAUGCUGCAUAGGAGCUAGCGAAAAGGAAAUUUCUGAUAUAACAGGACCAUAUCGGAUUGACUACAAAGCUACAGAGAAUCUUAUUAGAGCAGCAACAAUUGCAAAAGUUGACCACUUCAUUCUGCUUACAUCUUUGGGGACAAAUAAAAUUGGGUUUCCAGCUGCUAUUCUGAACUUGUUUUGGGGGGUUCUCAUUUGGAAAAGAAAGGCAGAAGAAGCAUUAAUUGCCAGCGGUCUACCAUAUACAAUAGUGAGGCCAGGGGGUAUGGAACGACCUACAGACUCCUAUAAAGAGACUCACAAUUUGGUCCUUGCUAACGAGGAUACUUAUUUUGGUGGCCAAGUCUCAAACCUUCAGGUUGCAGAACUCAUGGCAUGCAUGGCGAGAAAUAAAAAACUCAGCUACUGUAAGAUUGUUGAAGUGAUUGCUGACACAACUGCACCAUUGCUAUCCAUGGAGGAGCUUCUUGCCAAAAUACGGUCUAAACGGGAACCGCCAGCUGAGACAUUGAAAGACCUUGCACCUCCGAGUGAUGAAUCUAAACCUCUGAAGCCAAUAAUAAAGGAUGCAUCAGCAAAGAUGCAAGAGAAAAAAUUAACUCCACUUUCUCCAUAUGCUAUGUAUGAGAACCUGAAGCCGCCAAGUUCUCCAACUCCCAUUCCAAGCACUUCUGGAAGUUCAAAUGAGAUAAAUGAGGAGUUUGUGCAAUCUAAAUCACAUUCAGAACCUACAUCAGCUGUGGUAACACCUUUCGAACAGAUUGUGACACCAGAAACUAGGCCUCUCUCUCCUUAUACGGCGUAUGAAGAUCUAAAGCCUCCAGUUUCACCAACACCAUCUUUGCCAACAUAGUGUGAACCAGCUUUUUGCAGGAAAACAAAAUCACCAGGUCAACCAGAAGACGUGCAACGAGCUGGAACUUAUGUACGAUUAUACAUUCAAGGACACCAUUUCUCUUUUACAUUUAUGUACGAUUAUACAUUAAACUAUCCUUUUAGUCCUCUAUCGCACGUCAACAGAGAUAUCGACGUCUCAAUCAUUUCAUUUUUCUCCA